AUGAGGCAGAAUCAACUCAAUAACAGCUCACAUCGCCUCCACUGUUACUGUGCGCACCAAGAGAACAAAGAACCGGUCUUUGUCAUGGCAAACAUACAGCAGUACAGAAACUCUCGUGGCACCACUCACAGUUUCCUUUUUGGAGCACUUGCUGAAUUACUUGACAACGCAAGAGAUGCAGGGGCUGCAAGACUUGAUGUAUUUUCAGUGGGUAAUGAAAAGCUGCAGGGUGGAUUCAUGUUGUGCUUCCUGGAUGACGGAUGUGGCAUGAGCCCAGAGGAAACUUCAGAAAUAAUUUAUUUUGGAACAUCCAAAAAACGGUCAUCCGCCUUCAGGUUCAUUGGACAGUAUGGUAAUGGUCUUAAAAGUGGAGCCAUGAGAAUCGGAAAAGACUUUAUUCUUUUUACAAAGAAGGAAGAAACAAUGACCUGUUUGUUUUUUUCUCAGACAUUCUGUGAAACAGAAGGUCUAAGUGAGGUUGUGGUUCCAAUACCUUCAUGGUUAACCAGAACCAGGCAACAUGUAACCAGUGAUCCCAUAAAGUUCUCCACGGAAUUAGCUGUGAUUUAUAAGUACUCCCCAUUUAAAACGGAGGCGGAAUUGAUGCAGCAGUUUGACAUGAUCUACGGGAAAUGUGGUUCAUUGCUGGUUAUUUACAAUGUGAAGCUUCUGCUUACUGGAGAACCAGAGCUGGAUGUUAAAACUGACCAGGAAGAUAUUCGGGUAGCUGGAGCUAUCGAUGAUUUUCCAGAGAAAUGGUCAUUCAGAGCCUACACAUCUAUUCUGUAUUUUGACCCUUGGAUGAGAAUAUUCAUUCAAGCCAAAAGAGUUAGAACGAAACACCUGUAUCAUUGCCUCUACAGACCCAGGAAGUACUUGUAUGUUACAGCUUCUUUUCGAGGAACAUUUAGAAAUGAAGUUAAAAAAGCGGAAGAAGCUGUCAAGUUUGCUAAACUCAUGUUGAAAGAAGCACAAAUCAAAGCCAACACAUCCGACAGAACGUCUUCAUCUUCUCCUGCCGAGGAUGCAUUACGACAAGCAUUAGAAGAUGUGGAAGAAAAGCUUAAGACCCUUAAAGAGAAACAGAGAGAAUUAAAACAAGCAAAAACGCUUCCCUUGUUCUAUGGAGUGAGCGUAGAAAAUCGAAGCCAAGUUGGAAUGUUCAUAUACAGCAAUAGCCGCUUGAUCAAAAUGCACGAGAAAGUGGGCCCCCAGAUGAAAGUCAAGUCUCUACUUGGUGCAGGAGUGGUUGGAAUUGUUAAUAUCCCCUUGGAGAUUAUGGAACCAUCUCAUAACAAACAGGAAUUUCUCAAUGUCCGAGAAUACACUCAUCUACUGAAAGUCAUGGGACAGUACUUGGUCCAGUACUGUAAGGACACUGGUAUCAGCAAUAGGAAUCUAUCAUUAUUUUGGAACGACCUUGAAUAUCAAAAUAACAAGGAUGUGGAGCAAUCUUUGGACUUUGUUCAGUAUCAAAGAAGACAAGCCAUGGCAAUGCCGUUAAUCAUCCAAUGUGAUCUUUGCCUCAAAUGGAGAGUCUUACCUUCAUCUGCUAAUUACCAGGAAAAAGAUUUCCUUGACAUUUGGAUUUGUGCUAAUAAUCCCAACCCGCUGGAAAACAGUUGUCAUCAGAAGGAAUGGCUACCUUCCAUCCCCCUGGGCACCAUGAACACAGCCUUGCCAUCAAAAAGUGAAAAAGAGAAGCAACUUAGAGCCUUGGUUCAUAAGUACCAGAAUAAACCUACGGAACAGCAGCCACAGCUUCAAUUUAUACCUCCAAGUAGGAUUUCAGAGCCUGCUACCGUCUUCCAAGCGUCAGCACCCAAGGAAAAUACCCGAACAAAAAGAAGCAGGCCUUCAGAUGGUGACUUGGAUCGUGAAUCUCUUCCGUCCCUUGAUCUUUCCAUCAGCCAUACAGGCUGGAAAAGACACACGGAAGGGCAUGACUCUGAUAUAGAGUUCGUCUCAGAGACGAAAAUUACGAGGAAGACUAUGCAGAAGAAAGUGAAACGUCCACAUUGGAGAGGUCCAGGAGCCCUGCCAGAAAAUGUCAGAGGAGCUAAGAGAUCCCAGGCAUCUUCUUGGGAAAUGAAAAGAAAACAUAGUCAAAAUCUUAUGCAGGAAUGUACAGCAUUGAUAGAAGUUGAAACCAACAAUGAGAAUCCAGAUCGAAUCCUGUUAUUUUCUAACUUGUGUGUGUGUGACCAGUCUGAUCCUGUACCUGUCACAGUUAAAGAAGGAAAGCACUCAGGUAAACAGUGGUGCAGGAAUUUGGCACUUAAGGACAGUCGAUUCGUUACCUUAAUGCAGAUACAGAUUGCUAAGGCAGCAGAGAAUAUCUGUAUUGUGGUUGUCAAUGUGGCUUUGGGUAAACGAGACACUGACAUUUCAUUCAAACAAGAAGAAAAGGAAGUUCCUCUUGUGACCAAAGAAAAUCCGGAGCUGUGCAGUGUUGUUCCAAAAAUACAGAGAAACUCUUCAUUGCCUAACUCGAAAAGUGGGAUGACGGAAGAUUCAAAGGCAAAGCCUGGAUGCAAAGCUGGGGUUCCUGCACAUGGCGAUCGCAACGUUGCUUCUUCUCCGGCAGAGUCUUUUCCAAAUACACCUUUCCAAGAAACAAAGAGAAAAUUGAUGUCUAAUUUAAGGAAGGUUCUGCAGUAUUUUUUCCCUGAAUAUCAGCUAUCACCAGAAUUCGACUGCAUUUUUGUGGAGGACCCUGUAACAAGUUCGGAGUUGGAGCAAUGCCCAGAGCACAUGAACACAAAGCUGAAAAUGUGUUUCAACCAGAUCCAAAAUGUGUGCAUGGUCCAAUAUGAGAAAAAACUAAAGAGCAAAAUGCAGUCCAUUAUCUCUGAUGCAGUCAGAAGAGAAGAGAUUGAUGAAGUCUCUCUGAGACAAUGUGAAGAGAAAAGAAAACGUACAGAAGAUAAACUGAAGAACCUUCGUGUAAAGCUGACAUCAUUGCUACAGAAACUUCACCUGGGCGAUCCGUCAGCUGAUCCAGAACAGAUUGACAGUUAUUUAGAAGCGUUGCUUAAAGAAGAUAAUCUCCCUUUUCAAAAUCCUUUAAAUAAAGUGACUAUAGAGUCAGGGCAUAAUUUCCUUUUCGAAAAAAAAUAA